AUGCAAGCCAGGCCAGGCUCUACGGACCCCCGGUGUCCCCCAGUCUGCAGGCCGGGCUCUACGGAUCCAAGAUGUCUAAAACCUUCAACACCAAGACCAACUACACCAUUCACGUGCAGGCCAGGGUCUACAGAUCCGCGGUGUCCCCCUGUUUGCAGGCCAAGUUCAACGGAUCCCCGGUGUCCAAGACCUACAACACCAAGACCAACAACACCAUUCACGUGCAGGCCAGGCUCUACGGAUCCCAGGUGUCCAAGACCAACAACACCUUUCACUUGCAGGCCAGGCUCUACGGAUUCCCGGUGUCCCCCAGUCUGCAGGCCAGGAUCUACUGAUCCCCGGUGCCCAAGACCUACAACACCAAGACCAACAACACCAUUCACGUGCAGGCCAGGCUCUACGGAUCCCCGGUGUCCCCCUGUCUGUACUCCAGGCUCUAGGGAUCCUCGGUGUCCAAGCCCUACAACACCAAGACCAACAACACCAUUCACAUGCAGGCCAGGCUCUACGGAUCCCCGGUGUGCCCCUGUCUGUACUCCAGGCUCAACGGAUCCACGGUGUCCAAGACCUACAACACCAAGACCAACGACACCAUUUACGUGCAGGCCAGGCUCUACGGAUCCCAGGUGUCCAGCUGUUUGCAGGCCAGGCUCUACGGAUCCACGGUGUCCAAGACCAACAACACCAAGACCAAUAACACCAUUAACGUGCAGGCCAGGCUCAACAGAUCCUAGAUGUCCAAGACCAACAACACCAUUCACGCUCUACUGA